AUGACACAAAGUAUACAAUAUACAGAGACGGAAGGGCAAGUGCAGAGUAAAUGGUCUUCCCGGACAGAUCCAGAGGAAGUUGCAUUGGAUCGGGGGCCCCUAGAUACCCCAGCAUGGCGAGACCAGGGUUACAGGGUGGAUGCGGAAAGGCACCACCUGCAACAGCUUCUCCCAUACCCAAGGGAAGAAGUUGCCCAGUGGUCUAUAUGGAAGGAAGCACGCGUUGAAGUGAAGAAAGCAAAUCACACUGAGUUAGUGAAUGUGACUCGCACAGGGAAAGUGAAAGAACGUAGUCAAGCAAUUCAGAAUGUUUGUAAGACUGCUGGAAUCAUCAUCUCCUUGGUACUUGUACUGGGACAGGGACAGGAGAAGCUAGGAUGUGAUCAUGGGUUCUUACAUGGAGCUGUGGCUGCUGACUCUGAGACCUGCUCAGACAUAGGCAGGGACAUUCUGAAGCAAGGAGGCUCUCCUGUGGAUAGUGCGAUUGCUGCAUUGAUAUGUACCUCAGUGAUACACCCACAGAGCAUGGGUCUUGGGGGCGGUGUCAUUUUUACCAUUUAUAAUGCAUCUACAGGAGAAGUGGAGGUCAUAAACGCUCGGGAGACAGUGCCUAGCAGAUCUCCUCAUGAUUUAACAAAACAGUGUUCUAGCACUAGCGGGUUGAAAACAGGAGUGCAAUGGAUCGGGGUGCCAGGAGAGCUAAGAGGAUACAAGGUCGCACACCAGAAGCAUGGACGGUUACCAUGGAAAUCACUCUUUGAGCCAACAAUUAAUUUAGUUAAAGACGGAAUAAAGAUCUCAACUGUUCUAAGCAAAUUCCUGACACCCUUCGAAAAACUAAUACAGAAUCAUAGUUUGUGUGAGCUGUUCUGUAAGGAUCAGGAAGUGUUAAAGGAAGGACAGUUUGUAAACUUCACCCAGCUAGGGCACACUCUCAGGAUGCUGGCAGAUAAAGGAGCUGACAGCUUCUAUGAGGGUCCCAUAGCAGAGAAAAUGCUAGAGGAUCUCCACAAGCAAGGAAGCGUUCUGACACUGGAUGACUUUCGAAAUUAUAAGGUGCAAAUUGUAAAACCAUUGAGUUUGUCUCUUGGAACACACACGCUAUUUUCUCCUCCUCCACCAGCAGGGGGAGCUUUGCUCAGCCUCAUCCUUAAUAUCCUUCAAGGCUAUCACUUUGAUAAGAGUGCUGUGCAGAAUGAGAGUGAACAGAUACAGACCUACCAUCAAAUCAUAGAAGCCUUGAAAUUUGCAAAUGGACAGCGGGACAAACUGAGAGAUGCUUUGAAAUCUAAGGAUAUUCAGGAGCUCACAUCAUCCUUGCUGUCUAAUAGUUUUGCUGAGAAAGUCAGGAAGAAAAUUGAUAACUCUGGCAAUCACACCCUCAGUUUCUAUAAUGUGUCGGAGAUUCAUCCAGAGACCUUUGGGACCACUCACAUCUCCGUCAUCACCCAAGAUGGGAGCUCUGUGUCUGUCACGAGCUCAGUCAAUCAAAUAUUUGGCUCGAUGAUUUAUUCCCCAAGCACAGGGAUCAUCUUUAAUAACCAACUAGCGGAUUUCUGCAUUGGUAAUUCUAUAAUUUCCAUCAAGGAAGGACAGCAGCCACCAUCAUCCAUGACACCGUCCAUUCUUCUGUCCAAUGACAAAAACUCUCAGCUGGUAAUAGGUGGUGCUGGUGGUACGAGGAUCAUCAGUGCUACAGUUCAGGCCAUAAUGAACCAACUGUGGUUUGGCCACAGCCUAAAAGAAGCCAUUUCAGCUCCUGUCCUCCAUGUCACAACAGAUAACAUCUUGAACUUUGAGAGCUCAUUCAGUGAGGCUAUACAACGGGGACUCCGGGACAGAGGUCAUGAGAUUAAGAAAGCUUUAUAUUCAUUGAAUGUUGUCCAAGGAGCUUCCCAACAAAAGGGCUGUCUGUUUGCCUAUGCGGAUGAGAGGAAGCUGGGACGGGCUGCUGGUUAUUAAAGCAAUGGAUCUGCUUAUUUCCUUUGCUGUUGGUGUUGUACACAAGCACUCAUUAUAUUUUCCUUUCACCCUAAUUUUCAGUCACAAAUCAUACCCACAUAUAAAUAUGAAGCAAAUAUAUGGUCUAGAGCACACUGCACAAGUAAUUCAUGAACUGCUUUUGCAAGUGGGAUAUUGUUGAAACAUUAUGUUACUUUAUAGUUUUCGGAGAUUAUCAGGGAUGGCGGGAACUACAGAAACACUGUGAAGGAUCUGGCCCAUGAGCCUCUACUCAGACGUUCCUCAGUUUUUUCUCUAUAUACUGCAGUCACUUCAAACCUCAUGCUUGUCUAUAGAAGUUAUUACUGUGUUCAUAAUCUACAGUCUGCUAUGACAUCUGAAUGAGAAGAAUGUAAGUGCCCAGAAAUACAGCACUCGCUAAACUGCCAUUGUUGGAGGAUUUCCAGCCAUACUGACUACGCACUAUACACUAAUAGUAAAAGCAAGUACAGCAUUUGCCCCGAUGAAUGAAGUUAUUUGCAGAUGUGCACCAAGGUUUCUGCUCUAGCAUAUAGGUUUUUGGUGGAGUCGUGAAGAAUCAGAGUUUCAUUUAGUGGAGCACGAUUAUUGUAUUAUACAAAGGAGAAGACACAUUUUCAAGGAUGUUUCUUGCUGUUGGUGGUCAUUCCCUCUCUGCAAAAGGACUUAGGGGUCUAUUCAUGAAGCAGUGAAAAGUGAGCAGAAGUGAGCCAGUGGAGAAGUUGCCCAUGGCAACCAAUCAGCUGCUCCGUACAAUUUUAUAGUAUGCAAAUUAUAAAUGUUAAUUCAAUGCUGAUUGGUGGUGAUGGGCCACUUCUCCACUGGCUCACUUCUCCACAUUUUUCACUGCUUCAUGAAUAGACCCCUUAAUGUCCACAAGCUCAGAGCUAUACUUUUCCCAUGCAGUGUGUACAUAAAUACAUAUUGUAAAACAGGCAGUAGUCUCCCCUUUCUCCCACAUUCUCAACCAGUCUUAGAGAUAGACUGUUUGGGCUGGUUUCCACUAGAACAUGGAAACCACAAGUGCCUAUUUUGUCAAGUAUUAUAAUUAUGGUUUGUUUUGUAGUAAUGUUUGACUACAAGUGAAAAUGAUCCAAGUCAAAACUGUGAUUCAGAAUGCGGAAAGUACCAGUAACUGCUGUAACCACAAAGACAUAUAUGCUUGGCUUCUAUUCUGUAGUGCUAUGUAAUGCUCUAUAUUAUUGCAAUGCUUCCUGUGACUUGGUUUAUUGUGGUGUGAUACUAUAAAAUAAUGAUUUGAAACACUG